AUGGAACCAGAUAGAAACCUUUCACUGUCCAAUUUUCUUGCUGAUAAUGAUGACACAUCUGAUGAUCUAUGCAGAAACCCCCCUAAUAACCGAGAGCACUGGGAACCAUUCCCUGAGCCUGCCACACAAGCAUUGAUGGUACCAGAUGGAACCCUUUCACAAAAUAUUUUUUCAAGUGAUAAUGAGGACACAUUAUCUGACCAUAAUGAUGAUAGUGAUGAUGAUCCAGACUAUGUCUGUGAUUCUCAAGGAGAUUCUGACUCUUCAGGGAAGACUUCAUUAAAUAAUUCUCAAGCAUCAUUGCCUAAGGCUAAAUGUACAUCAAUAAAUGGCAUCACUCGAUCACUGAAAUCUCUGUCAUCAGAUCAGUCAUUGGAGGCAUCAUCAAGAUAUGGAGGCAUUGAUGCUGACCAUGAGGGGAUAACUGUGAUGAAGACCAACAAUCAAGGAGGGCGAAAAUAUGACAAGGUAGCUUAUUGCAUGAUGUGUGAGAAGCCCCACAAAAAACUUCCUGAUCACCUGCGGUCACAACAUUCCAAUGAAAUAAAGGUGGCUCAAUACAUGGCAGCAACGAAUCGAAAAGAAAAGGAUAAGCUAUUGACAUUGAUAAGAAAUAAAGGAAAUCACAUGCACAACUACAGGGUCUUCGAAAAGGGUCAUGGAGAGCUUGUGGUCGUAUAUAGACCUUCUUGUGAAGCAAAGCCCCGUGAUUAUCAGCCUUGCAAAGAUUGUUUGGGAUGGUUUGCGAAAGCCGAAUUGUGGAAACACCGCUGCAUUUUGAAGCAAGAAGAGCCGGCUAAGGAGCAAAAGAAAAAACGAAGAAGACUAUUAGCACAAGGUCGACUCUUGCUUCCACCAGUGCCCUGCACAUCAAGAGAUUCUAUAACACACAAAGUACUGAGUGGUCUCAGCGAUGAUGAAAUCAAGGCCUGCAUUCUAAAUGAUCAGUUGAUUCUAGAAUUGGCCAAGGUGUACUCUAAGAAAUUGGGCCAUGACGAAGAACAGCACAACCACAUCAGAUGCAAGUUACGAGAACUAGGAAGACUUGUACUUCAGUUUAGACGUUGCAGCUGCAAUGGCAAGGCAAGUCUGACUUCCCUGAUAUCACCAAAUGGUUUUAUGACUGUCUUGAGUGCUGUCAAGAAAGUGGCAGGCUUUGAUGAGGAGAACCACUUGUUCAAUACACCAAGUCUAGCACUUAAGCUGGGACAUACCUUAAGAAAGGCUGCCUUUGUGCUCCUGAGUAAGGCUUUGAUGGACAGAGAUGGGGAUGACAUGCAGAAACUUGUAGAAAAGUUCAUCAAGCUGCUGGACACUUGUUGGGGAUCUGAAAUCUCUACUCAUGCUCUACGAACUUUGUACCAGAGGAAACGAAACCAGCCCAAACUCCUACCCCUAACGAGUGAUGUUGUGGCUUUGUCAAGACACCUAGAGGUACAGGCUGAACUUUGUGUAGACAAACUGUCAUCUGGGACCGCAAUCGAAAACCAUAGCACAUGGAGAGAACUCAACAAGACCAUGCUGGCUCAUCUCAUUGUGUUUAAUAGGAGGAGACAAGGGGAAAUCAGCAAGAUGACUCUUGAUGACUACAAUAAAAUCAAGAAAGACACCCUUGUAUCCCACAGGGAGGAAGCAGGUGUAAACCCAAGCAACAAAUACCUGUUCGCUGUAGCCAAUAGUGACACUACAUCUCAUGUUCGAGGGUCAGAUGCUCUCCGUGAGCUGUCAGAAGCAUGUGGAGCACAAAAUCCUUCAACACUUCGAUCCACAAAAUUACGGAAGCAUGUAGCUACCAUGUCACAACUAAUGAGCUUGAGGGACCAUGAGAUGGACGCCUUAGCAAACUUCAUGGGCCACGAUAUUAGGAUACAUAGGGAGUAUUAUAGACUGCCAGAUGCUGCUAUGCAGGUGGCCAAAAUAUCAAAGAUCCUGUUCGCCAUGGAGGGAAAAGCUGGGAACCCGGUCCAGCUGAUUGGCACUGCAAAAAGUCUGGAUGAGCUUCAAAUCAAGUUAGAUGAAGAGAUCGACACUGGAGAACAGGGACCUGAAUCAUGUGAUGACAAUUGUGACAGCGAUGUUGAUUCUGGUGAUCAUGAUGUCGAACGUCAGCUACCUGGAUGCUCCCAAAAAGGUACCAAAAGGCAAAGGAAAACGCAACAUGUACUGGAAGAGGUUGAUGAACAGCCAAUAAGGAAGAAACGAAAGACAGCAUGGAGCGAUGCGGAAAAGUCGGCUGUCCAGAGACGUUUAGGAGCCUUUAUGACUGUUCAUUCUAAGCUACCUGGCAAGAGAGCGAUAGACGAAUGCUUGAAAGCUGAAGCUGUGCUGAAACACAGAACGUGGGUCAACAUCAAAGACUACGUAAGAAACUCGAAGGUUACCAAAAGCAGAAAAACACAGCCUUGGUAAAAACAUUCCCUUUAAUAUCAAAUCACCAUUUUUAUAUUGAAUACACACAUGCUUUUGUUUUGAGUCACCAAACUGCUGAAAAUGCUCAUAAAUUACAAGGCAUGUUCUUGUUAUUACAGUCUAAAAUGUGUAUUCUUUUAUAUUUGGUUUCUCCAUGUAUUCAUAAAAUGUUUACCCACUCUACUGGCAAAGGAUUUGUUAUUUUGAGGUUUUAUUAUCAUUUUUGUAGGCAUCCGGCAAUUUGUAAUUGUGUUAGGGUCUUAGUGGACCUAUGCUUGGCCACUCCCAGAUAUCAAUGACAGGGAGCAUAUCGUUUAGGCAACAUGUACUGAUUACAAUGAGAAUUUUGCAGCAUGAGUUGGAAAUAUCCUAUUUGAACAAGAAAAAAACCCAUAGAUUUUUUAACGAAAUAAAUCAGUGGAAGUUGUAAUCAAACAGUCAAGUAUUUGUAUUUACAUACCAUAAUGGCAGCAUAAGAAGGCAGUAGGGGAAUUGACUAGUGUAAUGCUUGUACAUUUGUGACACAAUUAAAACUUAAACAACAUUUAUUAUGAGAACACGUUCAGUAUAGUGUAUUAAUAUCAUCAUCAAGGGAGAGUGCCCUUAUUAUGUGUAAAGGGUGCCCCUUUUCAUUUUGGACAGAACUUGUGUUGUUUCUGAUAUUAUUAUGGGGUUGUACUAAACACUCGGGUCGCGGCGCGCUGAAAAACACUCGGGUCACGGCUCGUUUGGCCAUCUUUUUUUAAGUGUCUUCAAAUCGGCUUUUUAAUAUAAGGGGGAAAUCUUAUUUCAAAUUAGCGACUGUUUUUACACUCGGGUCGCGGCUCGCUGGGCCAUUUUUUCAAUGAUGUCUUCAAAGGGGAUGCGUGGGGAAAUUUACUUUAAAAACGAAGUUGUAAGUUGUGAUGGUUUUUUGUUCAAUGAUAGACAAAUAAGAAGAUUAUAAUUAAGGCUGACAUCGGGAAAGACAAAUAUACUAGGUGGGUAAAGUGGAUUUUAGAUAAAGUGUAAUAGUACAUAGGUAUAUGAUCUAUUAAUAUGAUAGAAACAAGGAAGAAUGGAUACAGUGAGAAGAUGAAUUGUGGGAAAUUAAGAACUACCAAGAGAGGAAUACAAAAACAAAGAAUGAAAGAAUGAAAUGAAUAUUUCCAUCAUUCCUUGUAAUAUCCUAUCAAAUUUUAUUCCUCGCUUUAUUUUCAUAUUUGUCAGUCUUUAAAAAAUAUUCUUUCUAAAUUUUAUUCUACCCCUUUAUUUCUCAUCUUUUUUCUAUCAUGUAAAUCUUUAUUUCCUCCACUCUUUUCUUUAUAUCUUUAUCACUGUUAAAUCUGGCCAAUGAAUUCUUUCAAUUCCCUUUUUAUUAAAUAUUUGUUUUCUUUCAUUCUUUGUUUAUGUAAUCCUCUCUUGUUAGUUCUUAAUUUCCCACAAUUCAUCUUCUCAUUCUAUCCAUUAUUCCUUGUUUCUAUCAAAUAUACAGUUCAUUUCCCUUGUAGUAUUACACUUUCUCUAAAAUCCACUUUAAUCACCUAGUAUUUUGUCUUUCCCAAUGCCAGCCUUAAUUCUAAUCUUCUUAUUUGUCUAUCAUUAAAAAAAUAAUAAUCACAACUUCCAACUUCUUUUUUAAGAAAAUUUCCCCACGCAUCCCCUUUGAAGACAUCAUUGAAUAAAUGGCCCAGCGAGCCGCGACCUGAGUGUAAAAACAGUCACUAAUUUGAAAUAAUAUUUUCCCCCUUAAAAACCGAUUUGAAGACACCAUUUUGUUUAAAUGGCCAAACGAGCCGCGACCUGAGUGUUUAGUACAAGCCAUUAAUAUGGGAUAGUGUAGAGAUAGAAUUUGUACACUUUUGUUUAAUUAGCAAUGCAGUAGUUUCUGCAGAUUUAGUAUAAUUGUGGCAAAAAAUAGAGGGGGAGUCAAUGAUCAGUGCCCCCUUUAAAAAGUAAACCGAAUGUAUGUUUGUUGUGAAUUAAUAUGAACAGAUCUGAAUAUUAUUCUCAGAUUUCCCACAUACAUAAAAUAUGUCAAUUUAGUGUUUAAGCACUAGACUAUAGAUGAUGGUUGUAAUGUGAAUAAUUAGUUGUGAUGGGGGUCGGGGACCCAAAACCUUUUUUUUUUGUAAUACCUUUGCAACAAAACAAAUAAAAAGGGCUAUAAUAAAGGGUUGGUUCCAGUAUAAUCAUAUAAACCUACAAUAUUAAUAUGAUUCACCUUACUUCUUGCUGAUUCAAUUUCAUCCCUGGUCCCUUUUUUUUUGGGGGGGGGGAUUUGUGAUGUCAGUGAGUUCUCCUUCAUUCUUCAUCAUUGUUCAAAAGUUGGCUUCUCCAACAAAUUUGUAUUGCGUCAGAUUUGUGUUAAAUGUAUAGCACACAACUAAUGAUGAUGCUAUGAUAGGAAUGUAAAAAACAGAUAUGCUGUGUAGCUUUUUUAACCUUAGGUACUGUUAAACUCUACGUAAUUAUGUUCAUCAAACUAAUAUCUGGAAUCUUUUACAUCCAUUUUGCCCCCAAAUCAAACUCCAUCAUGUUAAAUGGUAUCUUUGGAAUGUACUAUUGUUACCACUGACAAAUAUUCAUAUAUAAUAUUUGAGAAACUUGGAAAAAUGGAUAUUAUUAAUUUUGUCAGACUGAAAAGGGAAUUAUCCCUCAAAUACUAACGCAUUCAUAUUUAUAUGUAUCACAUGAUUUUACAACAAAAGAAAAUAAAAUGGUAUAUAAAUCAGGACUUUCUAGCAAACUGUGUGGUGUGCUAGUACUCUACCUAGGGGCUGCUAUUUUCUUAGAGAGCAGUAGUGACUCUUGACCUUCAGUUUCAGUUUAGUUUCAUUUAUUUCACACUAAAUAAUUUCGAAAUUACAUGUGAAAAAAGGAACUUAAUCAAAAGCAUAGCUUGUAGAAUUUAAGUUCCUCAAAAUAAUGUUGACACAGUGUCAUUCAUUAUAAGGUAGAAGUAUGAUGAUACAAAAUCAGAGUAUACAGAUAAAACAAUGAAAUGAUAUGGAUGAUGGAUGUAAGAAAGAAGAGAACUAGGAAGGGAAGGUAAAGCAUGGGGGUCAGGAGAAGAAUGAGGAGAGAGAAAAGGAAGUUUUUAGAAUAGAAUAUUCAAGGUCGGGAGUCACAGUCCAGAAAAAAAUAGUAUACUUGUGCAUUACAUGUACAAAUUUAAUACUAACAAUUUGAUAUGUUUUUUAAAGCUGCAACAGUUCUUAAGCUAUUUGAGAUUCGGAUCAAUGGUGCUUCAGUAGUUUGGUCCUGUGUAUGAAAUAGUUUUUAUGGCGAAAACUGCCCUGGUUAGGGAGGAUGAUAGUUUGUACGUGUUGCAUGUCGUGUUUGGUAUGUGUGUAAAGCAUCAUUUUUUGUAAAGCGUUCAAUUAUGGCUGAUGGGAGUAUUGCUAAAUAACAUUUAAUUAUUUUUUUUGUUUAAUAUUCAAGGAGACUUUGUUUGCCUGGAUCCAAGAGAGGGCUUUUGGCUUUCUUGCUGUGUGUUUACAGCAGUGGGCUCUUUUUUCUUCAUUUCUAGUUAUGAGUUAUGUUGUUCAAAGUUGUUACAGAUGUUAUCUUUUGUUUUCAUUAAUUGGUUGCUUAAUUUCUUGUUAUGGUUUGAGGUGGGUUUUGUUUUUAGGUUUUAGAAUUCUAGAUUUUUUUUAGAAUCCCUGGGGAUUUUGCGGUAGUAAACCCCAUUUAUUUAAGUGGCAGAAUUCAUUUUAUGCCUCAACCUUUCAUAUCAUUCCAAACACACAAAUAUACUAUACAUGUGUAUAAAUUAAGGAUGGCCGGCCAAGAAUGAACAGUAAUAUGAUCUGUUAUUUUAACAAGACCUCAAAGAAAUCAUGAAAUAUGCGUAGGCUGAGUUGAUCAAUUCUCCAAGUAAAUGAUAUCAAUAUCAUCUAUUUUGCCUUCGUUUGUAUUCUAACCUCAUUUUCUGUGGCAAUGUCAACUUCACAAUAUUGCACCAUUCUUUUACCCAGGUGAUGUUAGAAAUAAUUCUUUAUUCGUAAUCACAAUUAUAAGACAUUUUUCUACUACAUGCAUGUUUAAUCUGUAGAUUUUUGCAAAUGUGGUGCAAUUCCUGUGGUUCAAUUGUAUUGAUUGGUACUAAUGCCCUUUUUAUGUACACGUUCGGACUUAACUCCUAAUUGCAUAUCAUCGCUGGACGUGUUAAACUUGUCUCUUGUAAAUUUCAUGAUUUGCAUGUGCCUUUGAAGACUGUCAAAUAAUUGUAUCGAAAUAAAGUAUAUUUUACAGAAAUUCAAAGAAGAUAAACUAUUGUUUAUUACAAUUGGCAUUUAUUUGAUUCUAUCUCGUCUUUUUCCUCUGUAGUACAAUACACCUGCUGGUGUAUGAGAUAUUUAUAGAAAUAACAUGAUAAUUCUGUGAUUUUUGUUUUCCCUCUUUAACAUAAGUCAUAUUUUAAAAUUAAGAAAGAAAAUGAUUUGCUAGAUAAUACUGCAUAGUUUUAAAACUGUAAUUAUAUCCAAUUUUAUAGUGGCAAGUAUGUAUAUGUUUGCAGGAGGUGUGUUAAAGAAUUUAAUAGAAUUCGAGGAUGAAAGGAAAGAAAAUAUUCAGGGAAAGUGGUUUGAUACCACAUUGAUCGAGGAAUUGUUAAAACAUGUUGAAAAAGAUGACAGUUUCGUCCUUAAAUUGAAUGAAGAUAUAGUUAGAGAGAGAGAAAGAGAGGAGCACAGGAGAAAGUUUUGCAAACUUUUUGUGUGGUGGUGUCAUUAAGUUCCGUUGGUACGUACAGUGGAAUUAUUAAAGUUAAUUUCCUUCAUUAUAUCUUUCCCAGCUUAUCUAUUAAUAAUUUCAACGUGUGCAAGCACUGUAACAUCAUUUGCGAUAUAGUGAUUCCUUACAGUUAAAAUAAUGAAGACAUAUCAGUACGCAAUAUAGUACAAACAAGCUCAAUCUUUAUUUUGUAUAUGUGUCUUCUUUCUUCAAAAGACAUAAACGUUAUUCACAAAACAUAACAUUUUCACAAGUCGAUACGUCAAAAUGCAAACAUGUAUAAGAAAAGAAUAAAUGUUACAAACAUAUUUUGAUGAUAGUAAGAGAACAAAAGGAAUCUCAUACAAAGAAGCAAUGAUAUUAAUCCAUACUCUAUACCACUAGUGAUAACGAUUAAUUUAAAAACAUUUACAAAUAUGAAUUGUAUUCUUUCCUUGAAUUGCCGAAAUCUUCCCCCUCCCCCCGAAAACAAAAAUA